AAAAUGGAAAGCAAGAUGGCGCAUGUUAGAAUCUCCCAGAUUACCAAUCUCUUGCAGUCUUGUAUCGACAAGAAAGCCCAUCUACCAGGAAAAAUCCUUCAUGCUCAUAUCCUCAGAAAUGGCUUCUCUCCAGAUAUAUUUGUAUCUAACAAACUCAUCGAAUUCUAUGCAAAAUGCGGUUGCAUCGAGCGUGCCCGCUAUGUUUUCGAUCAAAUGCCUGCAAGAAAUGUCUAUUCGUGGAAUGCUAUUGUCGGGGCCUGUUCGAAAUCCGGUAAUUUAAAUGAUGCGAGCGAGUUGUUUGAGAGAAUGCCCGAAAGAAGUGUUGUUUCAUGGAAUACCAUGAUUGGCACAUUGGCGCGAAAUGGGUAUGAAGGAAAAGCGUUGAAUUUGUAUUACAUGAUGAAUAGAGAAGAAUUCAAGCCAUCCCAUUUCACUUUUGCUAGCAUUCUUAGUGCAUGUGGCAGCAUACUAGAAUUAGAACAUGGUAGAAGAUGCCACGGUCUUUCUGUGAAGGUUGGUCUGGAUGGAAACAUGUAUGUCGAGAAUGCUUUAUUGGGCAUGUAUGCUAAGUGUGGGGUUAUCAGGGAUGCAAUUCGCAUUUUUGAUGAAAUGUCUCUGCCGAAUGAGGUUUCAUGUACCUCGAUGAUGGGCGGAUUGGCACAAACUGAUCAUGUUGAGGAAGCCUUAAAAAUGUUUGGGAAGAUGCAUAGGAAUGGAAUUCCGAUUGACUCUGUUGCAUUAUCCAGCAUUUUGGGUGUUUGUGCUAGAGGUGAAGAUGGUGAAUUGGGUGUUUCAAAUCAAUGUUUUGGGCCUUGGAGCAAUACAAAUGGACAACAAAUACAUGCUCUCGUGAUUAAACUAGGGUUUGAAUCGGAUCUUCAUGUAGGAAAUUCGUUGAUUGAUAUGUAUGCCAAGUCUGGUGAUAUUGACAAUGCGGAGAUGGUUUUUGCGGCAUUGCCUGAGCUAAAUGUUGUUUCUUGGAAUGUUUUGAUAGCAGGUUAUGGCCAGAAAGGCCAUGGAGAGAAAUCCUUAGAGCUCUUGCAACGGAUGCAAUUGUCUGGUUUCAUACCAGAUGAUGUGACUUAUGUCAGUAUGCUCAGUGCAUGUGUCAAGUCUGGAGAUAUUGAAACUGCUCAUCAAAUGUUUAAAAAGAUUUCAAACCCGAACGUCAGCUUGUGGAAUGCUAUACUUUCUGGAUACUGCCAGAAAGGAAACUACAAGGAGGCAAUAGAAUUAUUCCAGAAAAUGCAGUAUGUAAAUGUCCGGCCGGAUCGAACCACUAUGGCACUAAUCCUUAGCUCAUGUGCGGGUAUGGGGCUUGUUGAAUGCGGCAAACAAGUCCAUUCUGUUUCAAUAAGGGCUAUGCUCCUUGGUGAUGUGUUUGUUGCGAGUGGGCUCGUUGACAUGUAUUCAAAGUGUGGAAAUAUCGAUUCGGCAAGUCGGGUUUUCAAUAGAAUGGAAGAAAGGGAUGUGGUUGCUUGGAAUUCGAUGAUUGCAGGUUUUGCUCUCCAUUCUCUGAACAAAGAGGCUUUCUCUUUCUUUAAGCAGAUGCGAGCAGAGGGCAUGUGCCCUACACAGUUCUCUUAUGCGAGUGUAGUCAGUUCAUGUGCUCGAUUGUCUUCUUCGUCUCAAGGGAGACAGAUACAUUCACAGAUCACAAAAGACGGCUAUGUAAAUGAUAUUUUUGUGGGGAGUGCGUUGAUUGACAUGUAUGCGAAAUGCGGUGAUAUAGAAGAGGCCCGCUGGUUUUUCGAUGGCAUGCCUGUCAAGAAUAUAGUUUCGUGGAAUGAAAUGAUACAUGGUUAUGCGCAGAAUGGAUGUGGCGAUAAGGCUGUUGAACUGUUCGAAGACAUGCUUCGGAGGGAAGAGAAACCGGAUAGUGUGACCUUCAUUGCUGUUCUGACUGCUUGUAGCCAUUCGGGAUUGGUUGAUGCAGGGAUCAAAUUCUUCGAUUCCAUGGAAAAAGAGCACGGGAUCAAGCCGUUGGUCAAUCACUAUACAUGCAUCAUUGACUCUCUAGGACGGGCUGGCCGUUUCGAAGAAGCAGAAGUGCUUAUGGACAAGAUGCCGUAUAAAGAUGACCCUAUCAUAUGGGAGGUCUUGCUGAGUGCUUGCAGGCUUCACGCUAAUGCCGGCUUGGGAAAAUGGGCUGCAGAGCAGCUUUUCCAUCUCGAUCCCCAAAACCCAUCACCUUAUGUGCUUCUAGCCAACAUAUAUGCUGCUUUGGGAAGAUGGGAUGAUGCAUCGGCUGUUAGGAAACUGAUGAGCUUUCGGGGGAUUGUGAAGGAUCCUGGUUAUAGCUGGAUUGAGUUUAAGAAUGGGGUGCAAGCUUUUAUGGUUGAUGAUGAUCUGAGGAUGGUUGAUGAUGUUGUGAAUGAUAGACAAUGGCCUGCUAUGGGGACAGCGCAAAACAUUGCAAGAGAUGAAAUUUGUUCUAAUUGAUGAGGAACAAUGAACUUAUAAAGUUGCAAUUCUGAGUUUGUUUUGAAUCGGUGGGAUUGAAAGUCAUAUUCAACUUUUCAGUGAGCAACGAAUGUUCUGCUUGAUGAGCACAAAUUUCGACAAAACCCAGAAUUCAUGAUCUAGGAAGAUGGUUAUACAAAGGGGUUAAAACAAAGGAGAUGGAUCAGUUUCAAGAAAAAGUCACUGCUGGAGAAUAUGAUUGUUGGAAUUCCUUCUUUUUUAAAAAAAAAGAGAAAAAAGGAUUAAACAAUACCCCAUGGAUUAGAAGAGCCAGCUUGAGUCCAAGUCCAAGCCUGCAUAUAGCACUACACGUUUGAAAGAUUGCAUGUGGCACUCCUGCCCCCUUAUCUCUUAAUGCACACAUUUGCAAGAAAGGGGGCUCAAGCCCCUAAAGGUGCUUCUUUACUUAUAAAGGUGUUCAAAUGCUCAUUCCUAGGUGAUGUGGGACAAGUUUGACAAGGCGAAAAAGCUAUUUGUUUCGUUUUGAAACCCCAAAACCAAAACAUUAAAUCCAUUAAAAAGCCAACAAGAUAGGAAUUUUCAUAUUUGACAGUGUCAGGUUGACAACACUGAGAUACCCAACUUUUAGCAGAUGUUGAACUAGUACAUCUGUUAUUCUCCAUUUGAAUGGGUGAGAAAUCAGUUGAUGAGACUUUGAGGCCUAUGAGCAAGUCUGCACAAGCAAUGACAUCUCUAUGGCCUUUAUGAUUUUGGUGGAGCAUCUUCGUCCAGGCAGGAAGCUGUUGGCAUACAAGCGAAACAAUGAAUGCAUGGGUAUGUCUCUUCUAUCCUAGUUAAUUUUGAAGCUUUUGUACCCCUUGAAACUCAAGGGAAUCGGUAGUUUAUGUUAGAGGAUUGAAUGGUAAGGACAUGAAAAGCAGAGAUGCAAGCAAAGAACAUGUUUUUGUUAGAGUUUA